AUGGCCUCCAUCCCUCUAUCCCGCCUCUCUUCCACGGUCGCUUCUCCUCUCAUCACUUCGCGCGGAAGCCCAUCGGACGAGGAGUACCAGAACGAUCUGCCAUACGACAAUCUGGACGACGCCCAACAAACGGCGCCGACAUGGAAGAAGGACCUUUACAUGCUUCUCGAAAAGCCCACUUCCUCUCAAGCUGCCUUCCUCGUCCACAUCUUCACCACCUCUCUCAUCGUGAUCUCUGCUGUUGUCACUGUGCUGGAGACAGUUCCCGCCUUUCACUCCAUCUCCGGAAGUCUCUGGUUCGGUUUGGAGACCACACUCGUCGUUCUUUUCACCAUUGAGUACACCGCCCGAUGCGUUGCACACUGGACGUCCUGGAACAGGUUCCUCGGUUGGGUCAUUUCAUUUUACGGGAUUAUAGAUUUGCUGGGUAUACUGCCGUAUUAUAUUGAGAUUGCGCUGCAACAAGAUACAUCUACACUGUUCAGGUUUACAAUCUUGCGUACUUUUAGGCUCCUGCGUGUAUUCCGACCGUUCCGCUAUAAUAACACCAUCCUACUUACUAUCGAAGUAAUGUAUCUCUCAUUCCGUCGAUCUCAGCACGCUCUGCUCGCCCUGGCUUUCUUCGUGAUCAUGGUUCUCGUGGUAUUCAGUACUUUGUUGUACUUCGCCGAGAGGGGAACAUGGGACGAGACAUUGGGCGUAUUCCUGAACGUGGAUGGAGACCCCAGCCAAUUUGCUUCCAUCCCUGCCGCUGGGUGGUUUGUUCUAGUCACCAUAACUACCGUCGGAUAUGGCGAAAUCGUACCUCGUUCCACUCUUGGUCGCCUGAUCACACUCCCUCUGCUGGUUUUCGGCCUGCUACUCAUCGCUCUUCCAACAUUCGUCCUUGGCCGCGAGUUCAGCAUAGUCUGGGAAUUUAUGGAAGAGGCUCAGGGGGACGACACCGAAGGCUACCACGACCUGCCCUCUCCCCUCCUCAGCCGCCGAGGCAACGCCCCGCGCGGGCUCUGGCGUACUGCCCCUGAAGAGCUAUCACGACCGCGCCCGAAUACCUCCGCGUCGAGCGUCGGCGCGAACGGCGGUCCUCGUGUGCGUGGGCCGCCCGCCGCGCUUGAGACGGAGAUCGCGGAGUUGCGCGCCAAGGUGGAGGCGCAGGAGGAGAUGCUGCGGCGCAUCAUGUAUGCGGUUGAGGGACGAGGGUUGCGCGUUCAUGGAGCUCUUGAAGACGGGAGUGUGACAAGGUAG